AUGUUGAUGCACACCCGACCAGACCCCCUCUACACGAGGCUGCAGCUUUCAAUCUCGUGCAAAGGGCUGGUAAACAUGGACACGUUUUCCAAGUCGGACCCUUUCGUGUUGGUGAAGCUCCACUCCCCCUCGGACAGCAACGAAAGCAAGGAGAUCGGUCGGACGGAGAUCAUCUCCAACAGCCUCGACCCUAACUUCGUCACCAUCGUGCCGGUGACUUUCAAGUUCGAAGAGGUCCAGACUCUCCGCUUCGAGGUGUACGACGUGGACACGGCUUACUCGUCAUCGGACGCCACGCUCAUCGACCCAUCAAAGCAGGACUUCCAAGGGGCGGCGGAGUGUGUGCUCGCGCAGGUGAUCGGCGGGCGGGAUCAGACAUGGGAGGGUCUCUUGUCUGGCGCGAAGACGGGAAAGGGUGGCUCGCCAAAGGUCGUGGUUCGCGCGGAAGAGGUGGCCAACUCCAACGGUCUCGCCGAGAUAACUCUGGCCGGCUCUAAUAUUGGAAAGGGGCCAUUUUUGCGCGUCAGUCGAGUGAGCGAGAAAGGCCCGCCGAUCCGGUGCUUCAAGACCGAGGUGGCUAAGGGGUCCCCUCCAAGACCAUGGGCACCAAUCGAGAUUUCUCUCAAGGUCCUGGCAAACGGUGACCCCUAUCGCCCGCUCAUCAUCGAGGCUUUCACCUGGAAAAAGUCCGGGAACCACGCUCUGCUUGGGUCCUGCAAGGCUAGCGUUAACGACCUCAAGUCGAUGGCGGAGACCGGGUUGCAGAACUUGAUGCUGGACAAAGGACGGCGUGCGAUAACCGUGAGGUCGUGCACCGUCACGCCGCAACCAAAUUUCUUCGGCUACAUCGCGGGGGGCAUGCAGAUUGGCUUCACGGUGGCCAUCGACUACACGGCGAGCAACGGCGACCCGUCGCGGCGGGGCUCGCUGCACUACCACGACCCUACCGGCCGUACCAACAACGAGUACGCACAAGCGAUCCAGUCCGUCGGGGGCGUUUUGGAGUACUUCGACGACGACAGGCGUUUCCCCGUGUACGGCUUCGGCGGUCGCCCCAAGAAAACAUCAAGGCAAGCGAGCCACUGUUUCGCGGUCAACGACAACGAGAAGGAUGCCGAGGUCGAGGGCAUCGCGGGGGUGCUGGAAACGUACCGCCAGAGCUUGAAGCGCGUACAGCUGAGCGCCCCCACCCUCUUCGCUCCGGUCAUAAGCAAGGUGGCUUCCUUGGCGGCUUCGACAAUGACCAAGGACCCGUCCCAGCAGUACUACACAAUCCUGCUGCUCAUCACCGACGGGGCAAUUAUGGACGUUGAGAACGUCGGCGUGGGGAAGGCUAACUACGCCUCCAUGAAGCUGUUGGACGGCGACGACGUGCGCCUCGUUAAUAAGGCAGGAAAACGGGCAGGAAGAGACAUCGUGCAGUUCGUGCCGAUGAGAGACUUCGCCGGCAAGAGCUCCCACGCUCUCGCGAAAGAGGUCUUGGCAGAAAUCCCCGCUCAAGUAAUCGAGUACAUGGAGAACAACCAGAUCCCUCCGGGAAACCCGCACCGGCCAAGGACGAACGGUGGCCAGGGUUCAAUCGGCUCCAUGGCUCUCAAGGGAUCAUUCAUGCAAAACGGGGCAGCGCCGGUGGCAGGAGUGGCAUCGUCCGCGCUGACCGGCUGGAGGAUGAAACCCGUCCGUGCUACUACUGUCGCCGGACAGAGGGUAAGAAAAAAGCUGCGAACUAAAGGCAAGCCACGGAGGAGAAUCCGUUCUUGUUGGGUGGCUGAGCGGUGAGUUUAUCAAGCGUUGAAUUUGGCUGCAACAGUCGACAAGCCGUUGAGAGGAAACGCGCUGUUCUCCGGUGGGACGCACUUAACAAGCGUGUGUGGAUAUGCAUGCUUUGUUGGUAGUUGGCGAAUGCUUUGUUCGUGGUUGGCGAAUGAGGCAUGUUGGUUCGAUCGCUCUAAGAGGUGACGAGAAUAGCAAUAGAGGAGCAGGGGGGUACUUGUUGAACGGGAGGUGUCGUCGGGCUAUUCGGCCAACGUUGGGCCUUUCGGGAAUGUACCAUUGGGACCGACUGCUGAUCGCAUCAUGUUGUUGCUGUGCCCGUAACCAACGUAGUGUUUUCUUGCACCUCUACAACUUUCCCCGUUCGGUAAUGUACAUUGCAAAUACACCGACGAUGCCACUCUUUUGAUGAGCUAGAACCCUCACGGUAGUCUGCCGAGAAGGGGUGUUUUCCUCCGAGUGCAUUUUAGGCAAGAAUAGACAGUUUGCUUGAGGUCCCGUCUCGCUGGAAAGUUGCAAGGUGAGGUGUCAAAAACGUGGCGGACAGGACACACUCUGGGCUUUGCCUCUUUUCGCCGUUUCUUGCAGCGGCGAGACCGGAUGACUGACGUGGGUAGGUUUCGAAUGCUUGGUUUCGUCCGGCCUUUUCUGAAGUUGUUUUGGUUCGUCAGAACCCAUUUCCGAUUUAUGGUAAGGCGGCCGCCCGCCCAUUAGGCGGGACAGCCACCGGGGGAUGUACAGCGGUACGAAUUGGUUGGGUGGUGAAGGAAGAGGAGCACACCUUGGGAGGUGAAGGAAGAGGAGCAAGACCGAGCGUAGCAUGUAUAUACGGUAUAGUACAAUAGUAGGAUGUGGUUGAGAGGGGAUAAAUGAGGAGCAAGAACGAGGUGACAGGAAAUGCAGCGGUACGAAUUGGUUGGGACGUGAAGGAAGAAGAGGGAGAACCCGAACCGGCAGUCCAUUGUUGCGGAUAUAUUUGCCAGCAGAUUCGCCUAAAAGCUGUAAUGUCAUGUUUUUCGAUGCGUUAUGUUGGACACUGUAAAUAAUAACAGGCUUGCUUUCCUAUGAGCGCAAGAAAUAGUCUAUAGACUAUGCAAUAAAAAUCUCACCUUUGAACGAAGCAGCUCCGCGAUAACCUCAUGGUGGUGCCGGUUCGAUGAUGAUGUUGCCUGGCCAUUUGGCAAGCAUGAAGGAUAUCUGGCCUGGUCUUCAGGACAGCAGUUUUUUAUCUUGGGUGAACGUAGCUCGUAAAGGAAGAAGAUCGAGUAUCCGAUAUACGGUGGAGUUCCGUAUCCUGGAUGUGGACAUGUGGACAUGUGGACAGGGUUCGACGAGCGGUCGACAGGGCAUCCUUGUCGGCUCGUCGUCCUCGCGCUAAGUCAUUCCGUCUGUACUUCCCAAUUGACUCCUGGAGCAUUGUUGUUGUAAAAGCGGAAUACCUAGACGUACCUGUGACGAUAACGCUGACCUUGCUCUGAGGUUUACGUGAUACAUGUGUGGUUCUUUAUUGAAAUAAACUAAGUUUGGGGGUUUUAGGCGAUAACUUAUCAUUUGGGGGACAUGCGCGAAAUAACUUCUUCUAUCGUUUCGGGGACGAAAAAUAAGAUCCAAACGAUCUGAUUUG